AUGGAAUCAGUACCACAGCCAGAAGUUGCGCCUGCUUUCGGUGCGAAUCCUCGAAACGUCUUCCUCCUCCUCCUUGCUUUCGCGCUUGCCUACUACCAGCUCCGUCCUCGCAAGGCUCCUCUUCCGCCGGCGCCUGUCACACCCGAAGUGUUCACUUACUAUACGCCCAAGGAGCUUAAGAAGUUCAAUGGCGUUGAAGACAAGAAGAUUCUCAUGGCCAUCAGGGGGAAUGUAUUUGAUGUCAGCAUUGGGAAGCAGUUCUACGGACCUCAAGGACCUUAUGGGAACUUUGCCGGGAGGGACGCAAGUAGAGGGUUGGCAAAGGGGAGCUUUGAAGAAGAUAUGCUCACACCCAUGGAGGAGCCCAUCGACAAGCUGGAGGAUCUGACGGAAGAGGAGGAAACUGCAUUGAUUGACUGGGAAGCACACUUCAAGAACAAGUACCAGGUCGUUGGUGCACUGGUGGAAGAGGGACAGAAGCCUACGCAAAAGGCCGGCCUUGCGAAAGAAUAA